AUGCCCCCAUCCAACUCAUCAGUGGACAGCCCAGAAAAGACUAAGAAGCAAAAAUUGACGGAGGAAGAGGUGCUGGUCUUACAAUCUCACCUAGAAAAAUGGAAGGAAGCAGCCACUGAGGAUAGAAAAGUCAUUCUGAAGGCGGCCACAAAAGAGGCCAAAGUGCAUGCCCCUGCUAUGCAUGCCCAGUUAUUGAAGAAGAGGAAAACAAUGUACCGGGAGUGGUUCUAUAACCGGAGAGCUGAAAAGACUCGCAAAAAGAAGUUGGGUCAGAAAUGGAAUGCCCGGUCGGUGAUAGAACAGCAGCACAAGGAGGAGAUCAUUGAAAAGACCGGAGCAAGGCCUGGAUCGGAGGAAUUCAUCAAAAGAUACCAGCCAACCCUCACUGCAGUCAUGGCCAGUCUAUCAAAAGAGCAGCUGAAGGAAGCAAAGCAGACUGCGAUAGAGUGGUCUAGCGAUGGUCCUCCUACAGAGGUCCAGGCCGAGUUUGCAAAGAAGAAAGCACCCGGUAUGAUGAAGGACCUGGCGACUCAGUUAUGGAGGCACGCCGGUAUGAGGAUAUUCAUAUUGUCCGCGUGGAAAACGGAGGAAGGCGAAGUGAGGAUCAAUGGAAUUGACUUCAAUGAAAAGUUGGAGGGCAAUAGUUUUACAGGUACAAAGGACUGGAAGCCCAUGAUAUCAGAGUGGAAUGCCUAUGCUGGAGAAGAGUUCGGAGUUGACCAGAAUGAAGAUGACGACGACGACGAGGGGGAUGGGAAGAAGAGCAGAAAGCCAAGGGGAAAGAAGGAUGAUUAUCCUUUGGAGGUGGAUACCUAUGGGCUUCCGGUAAUACCGGACGUUCAGAACCUUAACUUAGAGAGCAAGCAACAUCUCAUCCGGACGUUCCUCACAAAACACUACAGGUUUUGCAGCCAAAGGGCAAAGGCAUCUGUGCCAUGGUCCGCAGUGAUGUAUGCUCAGGGUAACUUCGUUGAGGCAAAGUUUUUACCUACCGGUGGCAAGAUCAAGGAACCUUCAAAGCUUCAGUUAGUUGAAGUCGACCGGCUCUUAGAGUUCUGGUGUCAGAGACAGAAGGACAAGGUUCGCCCAACCUUUGAAUUCAAAGCCUGGGAAGGCCACGAUAAGAAGAUGAGAGAACCGGUAGAAACAAUCUCGGGCGAGGAUUCCGACACCGGACUCAGACAAUCCGCAGCAGAGACCAGGGUUCCGGUCAAAAAGUCAACCGGAAAGGCGAGCAGGAGGGAGGAAAAGAAGUCAAGUAGUGAGGAUGAGGGUGAUGAAGAAGAAGAUGAAGAAGAUGAAGAGGAGGAGGAAGGAGACAAGGAAGAAGAAGAUGAGCAGGAGGAAGAAGGAGAAGAUGAAGACGAUGAAGAAGACGAGGAAGAAGUUCUCCCAUGUCCACCUUCAAAGUCCAAACAUACCAACAAGCGGGGCAGGGUUCCUCCGGUUCAAUCUGAUUCAGAGGAAGAAGACUCUCGCCCGCCGGUCAAGAAAUCCAAGAUGAUUGUCAGGCACAAUGAAGUCCCAUCGCCACCUUCAAAGUCUCACCCAACCAACAAGCGGAGCAGGGUUCCUCCAGUUCAAUCUGAUUCAGAGCCGGAAGAUUCUCCCCCUGCCGGUCAAGAAAUCCAAGCACCGGUUCAUCCGGUGCAAUCUGAAUCGGAGCAGCAGGAUUCUCACCCACCGGUAAAGAAAUCCAAAGUCAUUGUCAAGGGCAAUGGACCAUCAGAAGACAAUACCGGUACCAGUUCUAGUCAUCCACUGCCCUCACACCAUGCAUCUACAAGUCGCUCAUUUGGUCCUGCAUCAGGUGUCCGGACCAUGAAAAUUCAAAAGCGACCGGUGCCGGAACCAACACCUCCUUCCCCUCCAAAGGCCACCGGCAAGAAAACUGCAGGACAGGAAGCCCACAUUACCAAUCUGGAGCCAAAACGCUCCAGUAGAAAUGCAAAGGCAUCUUAUAAAGCUCACUAUAUGCAAAGGUAA